GUAAUUGGAGCUGGAGUUGUUGGACUGGCCGUGGCUCGUCAAUUAGCAGCUCGAGAAGGAACAUCGACUAUUCUAGUUGAGAGACACUCAGCAGUUGGAACAGAGACAAGCAGCCGAAACUCUGAAGUCAGUGGUAGAGUCUUCAUCAACUUUCUUUUUGGGAAGGCAAAUAAAGCUAACAGACGCCCUAUAGACUCAUUAAAAACAAAACUAUGCAUUGAAGGGAAAAAUUUGCUUUACGAACUUUGCGAGAAGCAAAACAUCCCGCACCGCAACACUAAGAAGUGGAUUGUUGCCCAGGACGAGGAACAAUGGAAAGAAUGUUUGAAGGUUUUCCUCCAUGCUAAGGAAAUAGAUGUACCGAUACGUUUUGUUUCCGCCGAAGAGGCAAAAAGGAGAGAGCCAGAUGUACGAGCAGAGGCGGGGAUCCUAGAAAGUCCCACGACUGGAAUAGUGGACGCUCACUCCCUAAUGUCCUACCUACACGGCAACUAUGAGGAAAGAGGCGGAGACUGCGUGCUGUUGACGGAGGUUUAUAAAAUUGAGCCUCUAAAAAAUAGAGGUGGUUAUGAAGUUUUCACGCGGUCCGGAGAGAGAAAAGACGAAGAGUCGUCUUUUACAGCUGAAACACUGAUUAACUGUGCUGGUCACUUUGCGUGCGGAAUAAACAACAUGAUUUUACCACCGGAAAGACAUCGAACUCCUCACUUUGCUAAAGGGACGUAUUUCUCAUACGCAGCUUCAUCACCAAAGCCUUCAACCCUCCUAUACCCAGCGCCUCGACCCAGUUAUGGCGGAUUGGGCACACAUCUGACUCUUGACAUGGCCGGCCGAAUAAAAUUUGGCCCUGAUGUCGAAUGGGUAGACAGUCCAGAUGAUUUGAUCCCGAGCCCAAAACGUUUAACACAGGCUAUCAAGGAGAUCCAGGCAUACUUACCCAGCGUGAAUCCCGAUGCGAUUGGUCUUGAUUACUGCGGUAUUAGACCGAAGCUAAUUAGGGGAGGGUCCGUCUCCUCUGGGAAAGAUUUCCAAGACUUUGUGAUUCAGGAAGAAAAAGGUUUCCCAGGCUUCAUAAACUUACUCGGGAUUGAGAGCCCCGGGUUGACUAGCUCCUUGGCUAUUGCAAAAAUGGUAGAGAAUCUUUUAUAUAGACAGUUAUUUUCUUGGGUUGUUUAA